GGCGAGGUCAGCACGUGUUCCGCCCAUUUAGGGCGGCGUAAUAACAUCAAUGGCGAGGGAUGACUGCGCGCCGCCAAGUCAUUUCCUACGUCGGAGGCGCUAAAAUCUACGGGGGGAGGAAAAACCCACACAAGCGGGAAAUAAGCUGAGAGAUUCUCCAGUAGUGAUGAAGGCAAGUGAUGGCCCGCAGCAGAUUUUUACUGUUGCGCUCCUAAAAACAACAUCCUUGUGAUGUGAAGAGCUCAGUUUACCUUCCAGACCUUUAGAACUGUUUACUGCAUUGCGAAGUGCAGCCUUUUGAGUGAAGGCUCUAUUGCAGAGGAGAUGCAGCAGUGACUCUGUGAUCUAUUGGGUACAGGUGGGACUAAAGGACUGUGUAAACCGAAGCUGUCAAGGCUGCUUACAUGCGCAGACCAGGGAUAGCCUCUCAGGAAUACUGGCGUAAUCUUGGUACAGUGGAGGAGGAGGGAGAAUACAUCACGGGGAGUAUCUAUACUAGUGCUGCAACAGGCAGGACUACGGGAACAUUAUGGGUCUGGGUCAGUCUGCCAAGAAGAAACCCUGUGAUCUCAAUGGAGAAGUCAACUUUGACCACUUCCAGAUCCUCCGGUCUAUAGGGAAGGGAAGUUUUGGCAAGGUGUGUAUAGUGAGGAAGAAGGACAACAAGCAGAUGUAUGCGAUGAAGUACAUGAGCAAGGCUGCGUGUCUGGAGAAGGACGCCAGUCACCACGUGCUGCGGGAGCUGGACAUCCUGCAGAAGCUCGAGCACCCCUUCCUCGUCAACCUCUGGUUCAGCUUCCAGGACGAGGAGGACAUGUUCAUGGUGGUGGACCUGUUGCUAGGCGGCGACCUUAGAUACCACAUGGGUCAGGACGUGACCUUCACGGAGGAGGUUGUGAGGUUCUACAUCUGUGAGCUUGUCCUGGCACUGGACUACUUACGGAGCAGGAACAUCCUACACAGGGAUCUCAAGCCUGACAACAUACUGCUGGAUGAGCAAGGUCACGUUCAUCUGACAGACUUUAACGUCGCCACAGUCUUACGGGAAAACGAACUCGCAACAUCACUAUCAGGAACCAAGCCUUAUAUGGCUCCAGAAGUCUACAUGACUGCUUUGGAGAUGUGCAGGGGAUACAGCUACAGUGUCGACUGGUGGUCACUGGGUGUUGUUGCAUACGAGAUGCUCAGGAGAAAGAGGCCUUAUCACAUCCACACAGUGACAUCUCUACAGGAGGUGGUGCACCAGUUUGAGACAACGGGCGUGCACUUCUCCUCCCAAUGGUCCAAGGACAUGUGCAAUCUACUUAGGAAGUUGUUGUCAGUUGAUAUCGACCAGAGGCUAUGCAGUCUGUGUGAGAUGAAGCAGCACUCGGCCAUGUCAGGAGUCGACUGGGACGGCCUGCAGGCUCGCACCCUCCCAUCACCGUUUGUGCCACCCAAGGACCACCUAAACUGCGACCCAACGUUUGAGCUGGAAGAGAUGAUUAUAGAGUCUAAACCUCUGCACAAGAAAAAGAAGAGACUCGCCAAACAGCAUUCACAGGACAGGAGACAAAGCAACAACGCAGAGUUACAAAACCCACUACAGCCCCAACUGGACCAGCUACAGAGACAAUUCAAAGUGUACAACAGAGAAAGGAGAAAACAGGAGGAGCAGGCAGCGGCCGACAGACUGGACGCCGGGGUUCCCGAGAGGAAGCGCUCGUUUAUCGACUUAAUGGUCAGGAGAAGCGAGCGGAAGGAGUCCACGGUCAAAAAUCCGAACGCGGGGGCGCAUCUGAAAGUGGAAGAGGGAUAACACGAUGCCAGGGCUCGAAAUUCAUUUUUGGGAACUGUAGGUGCACUGGUGCACCCAAGCUAAAAGAUUAGGUGCACAAAAAAUAUUUUAGAUGCACCAUGUAAGAUAAGAUAUUUAUUAAGCAGAAUGUCAGCAAAAACUAUAAUUAUGUUUCAUUUCAAG